AUGACUCAUACCUUGAACGACAUCGAAAAAGAAAUACAACGUACUAUUGAUUUAAAUACAAACAUAACUGAAAAAAUUCGAAUCAAAAAGGAUAUGUUGGCACUUCUUAAACAAGAAAUCGAAGAUUUAUAUCUCGAACAAGACAGAAACAAUGAUAAAUUAAUAAAACUCUAUGAUAAGAAAAAUAAACAAUCAGGUCCAUCAUAG